AUGAAGAAACUCUUCAUCCUGACCCUUCUGUUGGCCCAUCUGAAGGCCACUGCAGGUUCUCAUUCCCUGUGGAUGAUGGUCACCUACAUCAAAGGAGACACUCCCUUCCCAGAACUCAGUGCUAUAGCCUUGCUGGAUGACAUUCAAAUUGGAUACUAUGACAUAAUUGACAAUGAGCUUAUGUAUAAAGGGCCAAACAUCUCAGACACACCAGACACAUCUGAUAUCAAUUACGUUGGAAAUUUUAUUGGAUACAUUUAUGGACGCAUGAGGGACAGAGCAGACUACCUCAGGAAUUACUUGAACCACACAAACAAUAUUUUUGUCUUCCAGCGAGCAUCGGGAUGUGAACUAUUGAACGACAGUCAGCCUGGGGGUCUAAUAUCAAGAGAUGCUUACAACGGGGAGAGUGGAGACGCUCGUCAUUACAACCCAGAGCUUAACACUCUUCACACUGACCGCGUGUGGCCAGCUGCUGUGGACAGCAAUUGGCCUGACAACUUCCAUUUCAUGUACGAGUACAUUUACCACCCCAACUGCAUCAGCAUGCUGCAGAAACAUCUUAAGAGGGAAAGACAUCGGGUUCUCAAAACAGUGAAGCCCAGAGUCAGACUCCUCCAAAAACAAGGUCCAGACUCCUCAGUUCGUCUGACCUGCCUGGCCACUGGCUUGUACCCCCGUCACAUCAACCUGACCCUGCUCAGAGAUGGCCAGCCUGUGCCUGACCACCAGAUCACUGGGGGGGAGCUGCUACCUAAUGGAGAUGAGACGUACCAGAUGAGGAAGAGCCUGGAGGUCAGCACAGAGGAGCUACAGCAGCAUCACUACACCUGCACAGCUCAACACCUCAGCCUGGACAACAAACUGGACACAAACUUGGAGCUUAAUUGGGACUCAGUAACCACCUCUAUAGUGUCCACUGUCAUAGCUGUGUUUGGGUGCCUGCUCGGAGGUGCUAUCGUCUUCAUCAUGUGGAGGAAACUCAAAGGUGUGAGCUCCCAGACAUCUGUAAAAGCCUACUCUACAACUUCUACAACAACAAAGGAAAACAUGAGGAAACUAAUUGUUUUGUGCACUGCAUUUGCUCUGUCGUACGCAUACAGAACGGGGUCUCACUCCUUGUGGAUGAUGGCAACUUACAUCAAAGGAAAGACACCAUUCCCACAGUUCUCCGCUUUUGCGGUGCUGGACGAUAUUGUGUUUGGGCGCUAUGACACCAACGAAGGCAAAGCAGUGCACAUAAACCUCCACCUCACGGCCUCAACGGACGCCUUCGAUGAGGACGACACGUCUUAUGCAGCAGGGGUGAUGCAUUAUGUACUGGACCGCAUGAAAAGUCGAGUGUCGAGAAUGAAGACCUUUUUCAAUCACAGUGAAAUUUCUGUUCUUCAGAAGGCUGUGGGUUGCGAGCUACUAGACGAUGAUAAGCCAGGUAUGAUGAUGACCAGGGAUGCCUACAAUGGAGAGCCGCUGGUGAAGGACCACUACGAUGGGAACAGCCUUCACAUUGAAUGGAUGCUUCCACACCUGGAGGAUAAAGGAUGGACGCUGAACAUGGACUUUCCCUUCCGAUACAAAAUGAAUUACUAUCCAAACUGCAUUAAAUACCUCCAGAAGCAUCUGUGGAAAGAAAGAAACCGAGUGCUGAAAAAAGUGAAGCCCAGAGUUCGGCUCCUCCAGAAGAGACUUCCAGACUCUGGAGGGGUCAGAGUGACCUGCCUGGCCACUGGCUUCUACCCCCGUCACAUCAACCUGACCCUGCUCAGAGACGGCCAGCCUGUGCCUGACCACCAGAUCACUGGGGGGGAGCUGCUACCUAAUGGAGAUGAGACGUACCAGAUGAGGAAGAGCCUGGAGGUCAGCACAGAGGAGCUACAGCAGCACAACUUUACCUGCACAGCUCAACAUCUCAGUCUGGAUAACAGACUGGACAUUGAUUUAGAGCGUGAGUGGGCCUCAGGAAAUGGCAUGGAGUGCUCUGUGCUGGUGGCUGUGUUCGUGUGCCUGGCUGGAGCUGUGGUGGUCUUCAUCAAAUGUAGGAGGAAACACAAAGUCAUUCACUAUGGAGCAGAACAGUGCUUCCAGACCUCUCCACAGCAGAGUAACUCAGAGCAGAGUUCAUCAGAUUCAAGUACUGUCACAUGACAGUGAAACCUAAGGAGGGAGAGGAAGAGAACACAGAGAGCGAAAGAAACAGACAGAGAAACAGGAACUUCAAACAUGGAUUUUUUUACCUCUUAAAUGAGUAACUUCAACAUUCACAACAACAACAGCAAAGAUCUUUCUACAGGUGUUAUGAUUGAUUGCAAUUUCCUUGGUGAAAUUCAAAUAAACCUAGAAGUGUUUUGGUUAUAUUUAAAA